AUGGCACGUAUACAGGGGUUUGCAAAUCAUAAAAAAAGAGGUGGAAUGCUGACAAUAACAGAAGAUACAUUCCCACCAAUGAUGAUCUGGAGAUGCGCAGAUCCGUCAGCACCUACUAAUUUAGUGGAAUUAGAGUUAAAUACCGUUAGUCAUUUGAAGGCGACGCCUGCUACAUCAGAUAAGCUCAUGUUGAAGAUUGGGUUGGAGAAUGGCAAAGAAUUACUAUUUGGAUUCAACAGUAGGAAGGUUAUGGAUGAUGUUAAAGUUUCCAUUCAACAGAUAAUUGCGAGAAAGAAAACAUCUAUCGAAAUGGAAAAGACAAAGGAAAGUUCAAUGGAAGACUCUAAUAAUGAUAUAUCAGGUACAGCAAGUAUAGCAAGUGAUGGUACGGGUGCAUCUUCUGCUGGAAAGUUGAUCAGCGGUGGUACUAAGACUGCUAAAGAUUUCAGUGAAGCUGGUGCCGAGGCAACAAAUGCUAAAUUUAUGGAAGACAUGCUUGACACCAAAGAACUGCUAAAGAACCUCAAGCUACAACAGAAGUUUUUAAGGGAAAACCUGAAAGUUAUGAAAACUUUCAAAGAGGCUGUGAUAAAUGAAGGUAUGGAAGCAGAAGAUUUUUGGAAAAGUAGAAUACAUCUUUUGCGAGCGUAUGCCAUUCAAAAUAAUCAAAAGAAAGGGCCAUAUAACGUUUUAAGUACUAUCAAACCAGUUGCUUCAUCUGACAACGAAGUCAACGUUAAUGUUACCAGAGAAAAAAUCAAUGAAAUUUUCAAGCAAUACCCUAUUGUUCGAAAAGCAUUUGAUGAUAAUGUUCCAAGAAUGUCUGAAGGUGAAUUUUGGUCAAGGUUUUUUAGUAGUAAGUUAUUCAGAAAACUAAGAGGUGAAAAAGUUAAUUUAUAUGAUCGAGGUGAUGUGACAUUGGAUAAGUAUUUGUAUUUUGAUCCAGAUUAUGACGGUGAAGAAGAAAUCGAAGAGGUUGAAACUGUGGAAGCAUUAUUAGCUGAUGAUAAGGCAGAUAUAUCGAAGAAGCGUAAAGAGGGCGCUGAAAAGAUCAUCAAAAGAAAGAAAGUCAAAUUUUUCAAUGAAAACACAGGGCCUAUCCCGAAGGUACUAGAUAUCGAAGGUAAUAGAGAAGAUGAUCCACAGUUAAGGGGUAACAAGCCUGAUAUAACAAUGAAAGAUGAUCAAGAUCCGCAACUAGUUGGUAUUUUGAGAACCAUGAACCGAUUAAGUAGGAGGUUAAUUGCGGAUAUUGAGGGGCAGAAAAGUGAAUUGAAGGAGCAAGAGUUCUCUAAGGAGUUAGAACUAAUCGAUCUUGACGAAGCCAAACACAACGAGUAUAACGAGCUUAAAUAUACACAGACUUCUAAUGUUGCUUCUAAUAUUGUUCCUAAACACUUGAUUGAAAAGGUAAUACACCAAUCUAAUCUAAAUCCUGAGUCAUGUGAGUACGAUGAUAUUAUGAUAGAAUUGAAAAAUACUUUUCAAACGGAAUUUGAUUUGACUACUGUCUACAGAAACAUGAAAAAGGAAGGUAAGAGGCAAAAUGACGCGUAUAAAGAUAUCAAUAAUCUUGUUAAACAGAACGCCAAAUUGUCACAGCAAUCGUGGAAUAUCAAUUUAAAAGAAUUAUUAGGUUUACCCUCCUCAUCUGCUUCGACAAAUGCAACAAACAAUACGCUCAGUAGAGAUACUUCUGAUUAUGAUCUUGGAGUUAAUAUAAGCUUAGACACAGCUAAAAUUGAAAGUGUAAAAUUGACACACACUGCUGCCAUGGAGUUUUUGAAACUAUUUUGGACUCAGUUUAACAAAACCGCAGAAUCUACCCCAGCUACAGAUCCUAACUUCAAGUCUGAUUUGAUCAAGCUACGUAAGUACUACUUCUCUAUACGAAGAUGUCUAGAAAGGGUUGAUUCGCAAAUCAAUAACUCUGAAGACGAAAAGGAAAAGGAGAUUAAAAAACAACUAUUAGCACCUCUAAUUCAAAGUCUUAAAUCUGCAUUAAACAGAUAUGAAGUUUCGAUUGUCAAGCCAAAAUAG